AUGUGGUUCAUUAAUGCUGUUGAAUUGAAGAAGCAGAGCUCAUGUUGCACGCAAUUGACCAACAAGACUGAUCAAUAUGUGGCCUUCAAGGUUAAAACCACUAAUCCUAAGAAAUAUUGUGUGCGACCUAAUGCGGGAAUUGUUCUCCCUGGGUCAACAUGCGAUGUCACUGUUACAAUGCAAGCUCAAAAGGAGUCUCCACUGGAUAUGCAAUGUAAAGACAAAUUCCUCCUUCAAAGUGUUGUGGCUGAGCAUGGUGUGACGUCGAAGGACAUAACCCCUGAAAUGGUACACUCUUUGUUGAUACUUUUUGACUAA